AUGGGUAGCCUCGACUCACUGCUACACCCAAAGGAAGAUGGUACGCGUACUCCAAAGGAAGAUGACAUCGCAAAUGCAUUGGAAUAUCUAAACCAUAGUAGCCAGAGGCCCAUUGUUCACUCUGAUCUGAAGCCUAGCAACAUACUUCUCAGCAAUGAUAUAACCGCCCGCAUCAGUGCCUUUGGCCUCGCAAGAUUCUUUGAUAAUGCAAGCACAGCUAGUACGAUGGCGGUGAAGGAAACCAUUGGUUACAUUGCUCUAGAGUAUGCAACUGGAGGGCGAGUGAUGGCUUCCGGUGAUGUGUACAGCUUCGGGAUAAUUCUGCUUGAGAUGUUCAAUGGGAGGCGUCCUACUGAUGACAUUAUACAGGAGAUUGUCGAUGCCCAGCUGCAGGAAGAAAUUGACGACUUUGGAGUUCAGAAGGGGAGCGCGGCGACGGUGGUGGAGUGCGUGCGGUCCGUGCUGAGGAUGGGGCUGUGCUGCAGUUGCCGAUUGCCAAAAGAGAGGGUGAACAUGAGGGAUGUGGCCAUGAAGCUGCAGGUCAUCAGGGAGUCCUAUGUUGGAGACGAAGCUCUGCAAAUGGUCUGCUAA